GAAUUCAUCACUAACUUAGAGAAGCAGCCAAAGCCCAGACAAAAAGACUUCACCUCGUAAACAACUUUGUGAGUGCGUCAAUACACUGAGUAUUACGGCUGCGUUCACGGACAGCAUGGCGGCCUCCAUUAAGAACAUUUGAGUAACCAAAGGCUUGCGAACAUGUACAGGAUUUGUCCAGUCUUUAAUUUAAGCUUCUGUAAUAAACCUGAAAAUUAGACCAUCUUCUUUUCCAGACCAAGAAAUUGUAAGUAGGCUAUCUAUGAAAAUCACGGUGUGCUUCUCACAUGUUGACAAAGAAGAUUGUCCCCCUGCAGAGCUUCUUGUCAGUGGUUUCCAGACGGGCAGGUCACCUCGCUGGACGGCACUAUGAUGUCAUUGUGGUGGGUGGUGGCCAUGCGGGCACCGAGGCAGCGGCGGCUGCAGCCAGAGUGGGAGCAGAGACCCUUCUGGUUACACAAAAAAUACAUACCAUUGGUGUCCUGUCCUGUAAUCCGUCUCUUGGAGGGGUAGGGAAGGGCCAGCUUGUGAAGGAGGUGGAUGCUUUAGAUGGGCUCUGUGGUCGAGCAGGGGACUGGGCGGGCAUAUAUUUUUCCAUUUUAAACAGAAGGAAAGGUCCCGCAGUGUGGGGUCCAAGGGCACAGCUGGACCGCCAGCGUUACCGCGAAUUCAUUCAGUCUGAGUUGCUGUGCACUCCCAGACUGACGGUGUUGGAGGGCGCGGUGGAGGAGCUGAUGGUGACAGAUGCAAACCCACAGGAGCCUGGACGUCACAGAGUCACUGGGAUACGUUUAGCAAAUGACAGCGACCCGAUCUUAGCCAGUUCUGUGGUUCUCACCACCGGUACUUUUUUGUCCGGUUCCCUCUUCAUGGGCCGAACCACUUCCCCCGGAGGUCGGAUUGGAGAUGCUCCGUCCAGUGCCGGUAUUUCAAACACCCUGAGGGACAGGCUGGGGCUAAGGAUGGGCAGACUGAAGACAGGUACACCUCCAAGGAUCUUGAAGGACUCGGUAGACUUUUCCUUGGCUAAGUUUCAACCCCCUGACAGCAUUCCAUCACCAUUCAGCUUCCUCAAUACCCACGUACGCUGUAAGCCUGAAGAACAGCAGUCAUGCUACCUGACCUAUACAACCCCUGGAGUAGAGCGAGUGGUGAGGGAGACCCUUCAUCUCAACUGUCAUGUACAGCAAGACACCAAGGGUCCAAGAUACUGCCCCUCCAUUGAGUCACGUGUGCUCCGCUUCCCGGGUCGAAGUCACCAGGUGUGGCUGGAGCCUGAGGGGGUGAACUCGGACCUUUUGUACCCUCAGGGUUUGACCAUGACUAUGCCCCCAGAGAUGCAGCUCCGUCUCAUCAGAGAAAUCCCCCCCUUCCACAGAGCUGAGAUCCACACACCAGGUUAUGGCGUGCAUUAUGACUACGUGUGUCCUACUCAGCUGAGUCCUGCCCUGCAGGUGAAAAGCGCCCAGGGUCUCUUUCUAGCCGGUCAAAUUAAUGGAACAACAGGAUACGAAGAGGCUGCUGCACAGGGCUGCUCAUCUCUUUAUUUACAUUCAGCUUUUCAGACGUUACUAAAGUUUACUAUUAAAAGCUAAGAAAACCUUCUGUCUGCACAGGGUGUGUGGGCGGGGGCGAACGCUGCACGCUCUGCAUUGUCCAUGCCUCCAGUGACUCUGUCUCGAACAGAGAGCUAUAUCGGAGUUCUGAUUGAUGACCUGGUGACCCGAGGAGUCACAGAACCUUACCGCAUGUUCACCAGCCGGGCUGAGUUUCGAACCUCCCUACGGCCGGACAAUGCAGACCUCCGCCUCACUCUGAAAGGGUUUGAGGAGGUGGGAUGCGUGUCCUCCUUUCGCUACCAGGAGACUGUAAGAGUAAGAGACAGUCUCCAGGAAGCACUCACAGCCCUUCAAUCUCUCACUAUGUCACCUCCUGCCUGGAGAAAAAAGCUGCCUGACAUAAGAAUGAGUGAGGCCAAGGGCAACAUGCUCAAUGGUAUGGAAGUGCUUCAAUACCAAGAUGUGUCCUUUGAAAUGUUGGAAUCUGUUUUCCCAGAGUGCCUUUCACCUUACAAGGAAUUCUCACAGAGGCUCAAGAUAGAGGCUGUUUACAGGCCACACUGUGAAUUGCAGAAGAGAGAUAUUGAGAGAAUUCAGAGGGAAGAGAACAUGUCUCUUCCACAGGACAUAGACUAUUUCUCUCUGCCGGUGUCUCUGUCUGUAGAAGUCAGACAGAUUCUGGACAGAGUUCGACCUAGCACUCUGGGAGCUGCUACACGCUUACCGGGUGUCACUCCUGCUGCUAUAGUCCACCUCCUCAACUAUGUAUGGCACAAAGGGCAAAAGGAGAAAAGAGCGCACAAACGCCAACUACACCAAAAGGAGGACAGAGAAGAGGAGCUGUCAGCAAGAAAUGCAUCUUGAGUAAAACAAUACCUCAUGAAGCCUUGUGUAUAAAUGUAUUUCUGAAAAUGUACAAAAAUAACUUAAGGUACAUAAUUAUUUUAUGGAGACAUGUAGCACUUUCAUGUUUUACACAAAAAAUAGGUUUUUUUAUUAACUGUACAAAAGAAGACCUAGAUAAAUAAAUCCCUAAAACAGUUCAUAGUAAAUAUUCACUCAUUACAUCCAUUCAGUACAUUUUUCUUAAAAUUAAGAAGCCCUUAAGCUUCAAAGUGUUACCUGAACAACUACCUACACAGGAAUUGUAAUCCUGUUAAUAACAUAACACUGAACAGCAUUAAACUCCAUGUGAUCUUCACGGUGUCACUGCCGUUUAGAACAAUGUGUCCAUCCAGCUCAGCAGUGCCUCUGGUAAAAAAGCCAAAUGGAAACUUCCAUUGAGGUUGAGGUGAGCCCCUUGGGGGUUCUGGGUAAACUGUAGUGUCAGCAAACAUCACCUGGGAGGUUAGAGUGAGAGGAGACGACACAGGACACUGAAAGACAGAAAAAGAGGAGAGAAUUUGGACAUUGGCUUAUUACAAUAUAAUGCUAUGAAUAAGUGCUUCACAGUAAAUGGGCCGAUUUUAGCUGUGUUUCCACCACAGGACGUUUCCCCGGAAGCUUUGGAAGAACACAGUGUGUCUCCACCAUAGGGACCAAGCUCUAAAUGUGGUUCCAGGGACUUUUAUUUUAGCCCCAAAAAUGUCCCUUGCUGGAUUUUCUAAAGUGUGAGGCUUGCAGCACUGAAAAUUUCUGAUUAGUUUCUACUCACAGCAUUUUAUUUCAGACAUGCUUACAUGCAUGGAAUUACAGAUGACAGCAUGUGACAGAUAAGCCAACGACAAAGGGCAAGCCUUACUGAGUAUGCUGAGUUGCAUGUAACAUGAUGUGUAAAAAUUGCUAUCGCUUUUUCCAUCUAAAUUUGUCUAAUUGUUUCUGGUCGACUUCUGGGACUAAAAGUUCCAGUGGUUUUGGGUGAAAACACAGUUCAUGAUAGUGUUCACAUAAAGAAGACUACCUUAAAACUUCGACACUUGAAAAGGUAUUUGGCCCCCAGGAUGUAGCUCUGAGGAAGGGCCAGGAGACCCUGACGAGCCCACAGCACUUGCACAGUGAGAGAGUGUGGGAGGGUGCAGCCUGAGUCACAGGUUUCCUGAGAGACAUUAAAAAGGCAGUCAUGAGGAUAAUCUGUGUUUUACUGCAGAGGCAAACCACACCUCAAAAUGAGACGAUCCCAAAAUAAUAAAUGCAGUACAUAGAUGGUUACCUCGGAGCCAACAGGGCACUCAUUAGUAAGAACUCUGGUCCAGUCUGGUUGUGGACCUGAGUUCAUGGCGACAACAUCAGGAAUGGCAAGUCCCUGCAAGACGCCAUAAAUCUGCAAACGCAGCUCUGAGCAGUUACUAGAUGGGGAACUGAACAGCACAGAGGAGGAGACACAACACGUUUUUAAGGCAGAUCAUAAACCACUGAUGCACCAUAAUCCUAAAUACUGUAUCAUUUCUUCAUAAACUGUAAAUAAAGAUGCAUGGGGUGACAUCAAAAUCCAGCUCACCUAAAUGUGCAACCACUGAUGGUAUUGUGGGUGAAGAGGAUGGGAGUCCUCCUGCUGGGGUCAGAAGAACACACCCCACCCUGUGACAUCCCAAGUGUGGUCAGCUGAUUAACAGUCAAGGAACCAUGAUGCAAGACGAAGAUCAGGGUUAUUAAAGUCAUUGACCAUAACUAAAUUGAAACUAAAUCUAGAAGCAAAAAUGUAAGUUCUCAUUUUUGUUUUCUUGCAGUGUAAAUGGUUCCUGGAACAGGACAAUAAAAUGGUUUUGUACAAUGCUGGACCUUCAAUAAACUAUGAUAUUGCUAAUCA